AUGGCAUCAAGCGGCAAUAAAGUAGAGGGGAAGGUUAAUCGGCGUGAAAAGUUUGUCGGUGGAUUCAGAUCUGAGAUUCAAUCAACUUCCAUUUCAACAAAUCUCUUGAGUACUCCUGUUUUUAUGAGUGACCCAUCGACAUACUUUAUGGAGGCUGGCUUUCCGCUUGCUAUGCUUCAGGUUAUGCUCCUAUCUUCACAAUUGCAGAAAUGA